ACUAAGCAAUAGCAUUUGUUGUUGCUAAUUUAUAUUAAUAAAUAUGAACUAAUUAUUAAAUUAUUAUCUAAGCCGGAAGUAAAAGACUAGAUCUUGUGACUCUAGAGUCCACUUUCUCAUUAAUAGUCUGGAUCCAUCACACGGAACAGCGGAAUAAGAGGCGGAACUUCAUCCAUUUAACAUGUCCUCUGAUUGGACAGGAGACAUUAAAGAUAUAAAGGCAAAACUAUCAGCUUUUAUUACGGUGACAAAAUUAAUCAUUUCAUGUUUAAUAUUAGUUUCGUUUUCUCGUUGUUAAAUCCAUUCCUUCAUUUAAUUGGUCCAGUCGUUUCCAUGGCAAUCGCAGACCGUACGGCGGAGCGCAGAACGGACCAAUCAGCAGGCAGCGCUACUCAGACACCGGAAGUAUCGAUCCGAGCGGACCAAUCAGCAGGCAGCGCUACUCCGAUACCGGAAGUAUAGAUCCGUGCGGACCAAUCAGCAGGCAGCGCUACUCAAACACCGGAAGUAUCGAUCACAGCUUCUCUGCGCUGCACCAAACAAGCACCGGGAAACGGCGACGACCCGUUGGACCAGAGCGACGGUUAACGGGACGUGACCGAUGUCCAGUCACCGGAGUAACGGCGUCAGGAAACGGAAACGUGGCGAUGCUGCAGCUCCCCUUGGUGGUGACGGCCCAGGUGGACCUGGUCCUGGUCCUGGUGUCCGUGCUGGCCCUCUGGACGCGACUGAGCCGGCUCGACUACCCCAACGCUGUGGUGUUUGAUGAGGUUUACUAUGGCCAGUUUGUGUCACUUUACAUGAAGAGAGUCUUCUUCGUCGAUGACAGCGGGCCGCCGCUCGGUCACAUGAUGCUGGCCCUUGGAGGCUACCUGGGAGGAUUCGAUGGGAACUUUGUCUGGAACAGAAUUGGAGAAGAGUAUCCCAGCAGCGUGAACGUGUGGAGUCUCCGUGUUGUGCCGGCUCUGUGUGGAGCUCUCUGCGUUCCACUGAUCUACCUGUUGACUCUGGAGCUCAGGUUUUCUCACCUGGCCGCUCUGGGAGCUGCUCUGCUGCUGCUGCUGGAAAACUCUCUGAUCGUCCAGUCGCGCUUCAUGCUGCUGGAGUCGGUUCUCAUCUUCUUCGUGCUGUUGGCUUUCUUCUCGUACCUGCGCUUCCACAACGCCCCCACCAGCUCCUGGUCCAGGUACUUCUGGCUCCUCCUCUCGGGCGUCUCCUGCUCUGCAGCUGUCGGGGUGAAGUACAUGGGCGUGUUCUCCUACCUGCUGCUGGUGGGCGUGGCCUCUCUUCACACCUGGAGUCUGAUCGGAGACCGGACCAGGAGUCACCUGAGUGUGUGUGUCCAGUGUGUGUCCAGGGUUGUGUGUCUGGUUCUGGUUCCUGUCCUGCUCUACGUGUUCUGGUUCUACCUUCAUCUGAGCCUCCUGAACCGGAGUGGACCACACGAUCAGCUGAUGAGCUCCUCCUUCCAGGCCAGUCUGGAGGGCGGCCUGUCCAGGAUCACUCGGGGUCAACCUCUAGAGGUGGCGUACGGCAGUCAGGUGACUCUACGAAGCUCCGCCUCCCAGCCUAUCCCAUGCUGGCUCCACUCACACAAAGCCAACUACCCAAUCAGGUAUGAAAGUGGGCGGGGCAGCUCCCACCAGCAGCAGGUCACAUGUUAUCCCUUCAAAGACGUCAACAACUGGUGGAUCAUCAAGGACCCCGCAAGACAGGAGCUGGUGGUGGACAGUCCUCCUCGACCUGUCCGUCAUGGUGAUGUCAUCCAGGUGGUUCAUGGGAUGACGGCACGCUUCCUCAACAGCCAUGACGUAGCGGCCCCCAUGAGUCCUCAAGCCCAGGAAGUGUCCGGAUACGUGGACUUCAACAUCUCCAUGCCCCCCCAGAACCUGUGGAGGGUGGACGUCUCCAACCGGGAGGCGGAGUCAGAGGUUUGGAAGACGAUCAUGUCUGAAGUUCGAUUGGUUCAUGUCAACAGCUCCGCAGUCCUCAAGCUGAGUGGUGUGUCUCUUCCUGACUGGGGUUUCCAUCAACUGGAGGUCGUUGCAGAGAAACUGUUGAAAGCUCCCAGCAGCAGUUUGGGAUGGACCGUAGAGGAACACCGAUAUGGAACCAGUCAGGGGCAGAAGGCUCGGGAGGCGGAGCUUCAUUCUCCGACUCACAUCGACAUCAACAGAAAAAUCUCCUUCUGGGCCAAAUUCCUGGAGCUGCAGGUAAUAUCAGCCAAUCACAUGCUCCUCUGAUAUCAGCCAAUCAGAAGCUCCUCUGAUAUCAGCCAAUCAGAAGCUCCUCUGAUAUCAGCCAAUCAGAAGCUCCUGUAUAGCUAAUCAGAAGCUCAGAUCCAUCUGAUUGGUAACCCGGUGUCAUGGGGCGUGGCCAGCCUGAGCCUGCUGGCCUAUCAGCUACUGGCGGCUGUUUACCUGCUGAGGAGGAGGCGGGGCUUCAGAGAUCUACCUGAAGCUGAGUGGCAGAGGUUUGUGUGUCUGGGGUGUGUGUGUGUGGGUGGUUGGAUAAUGAACGUCCUCCCGUUCCUCCUCAUGGAUAAAACUCUCUUCCUGUAUCACUACCUGCCGGCGCUCUGCUUCCUGUACCUGCUAAGCCCCGCCCUGCUGGAGCACACACACACUAACCUACUCAGCAGUGUGACACACCAGCGUGUGUUGUGUGUGUGCGUGUCCUGCGUCCUCCUGUCGGUCCUUUUCCUGUCCAUCUUCCUCUCCUACUGGACCUUCUGCCCUCUGACCUAUGGCAGCCCGGAGCUGUCGGCCAAUCAGCUGCGAGCUCUGAGGUGGAAGGACACCUGGGACAUCCUGUACCGCCGCCACUAGAGGCCCCGCCCCCUGACCCCUGACCCUACCUCUGAUGAUUGACAGCUAUCUCAUAUUUCAAUAAAGCUUGUUGAUGAGG